CACGCUUAGCCUGGCCUUUUCCCCAUCUGAAACAAACUACGUAAGUACAACAGCUUGCCCGUCCUUAUUCCCCCGUCUGUUCCUUGUUCGACUAUCACAACUGCUACGGCGUUCUGCGAAACUCCCAUACGAAAUAUGUCCCGACGAGACUACCCACCCUCUUACUCGUCCCGCGACGAAGGCUAUGGCAACAACGGUUACGGCAACGGCAGCCAAGGCGGUCGCUACGCUCCACAGGACAACUCCAACUACGGAGAGAAGCCGGGCAGCUAUCGGUCCAACGGGGGCGGCGGCGGCUAUGAAGCGCCGAACAAAUGGGCAGCAGCAGCAUCCCGCCAAGAGUCCCACCAGGGCACCGGUUACAAAAACUACGACGACAGCCCCUACCGCUCCUGGGAGACCGUCAACGACGAACCCGAAGACUAUGACAACGAAGGCUGGCUGACCCGCAAGACCCAGAAAGUGCAGAACGACUCGCUCAUGAGCACCCGCCGCACCGUCGCGCGGAUAGCAGAGGCUGACACGCUCGCGCAGAGCAACAUGGCGAGGUUGGGGUCGCAGGAGGAGCAGCUGAUGAAAGUGAAUACGAGGAUGGAGAGUGCGGGGCAGUACGCGAAGGUCGCUGACGCAAAGACGGAUCAUUUGAAGUCGUUGAAUCGGAUGUUCUUCAUGCCCACGUUUGGGAGCAAGAAGGCGAAGAAGAGGGAGGAGAAGUACGCUGCUGCUGCCAGCGCGUAUGCCUCGUCUCCCGCCGCCGAGGAGGAGGAUGCCGCCCCCGAGCCCUCGAGGGGGUACGGCCGUUACGCCGACGAAAGCUACGGUCGCUCCAACAACGGGCAACGCUCCUACUCCACCCCGGCUAACAUCGAGCGCGACGCAACAGAGGAGGAGAUCGACUCCAACAUUGACCAGAUCUCAGCUGGAUUGGGACGGUUGAAGAUGAUGAGUCAGGCUAUGAACGAAUCGUUGGGCAAACAGACGGGGUUGAUCAACAAGAUUUCUGAGAGGACAGAUUAUACGAGGGAUCAUUUGCGGAAUACUACCAGGAAGAUUGAGAAUAUUAAGUAGGGUAGACUACACCCUGUAUAUAGCGGCCCAGGGAUUGGCGUAGGUAGAAGCUGUGGGCAGGUCUCUUUAUCUUUCCUCACUUUCAAUCAAGGAUUUUGUACAUUCCC